AUGGGAGAAAGUUGGGAAGAAGGAGCUGGGCAGCAGCGACGCGGGCCCAGCAGAGAGGCCGCCUCGCGCCUCCCGAUGAUGAUGACCAUGUUGCUCGACCGCGACGAGGCGAAGAAGAAAAAGAAGCAUCGGGGAGAGGAGCUCCUUGGUGGCUCCAGUUCAGACGAUUCGGACGGCGAUUUCGACCUUCGGGGGAAAGGCAUGAAAGCAGUCAGUACCUUGAAUCGGUUGCACGAGCAGAUCAGAAAGAAACCGAAGCGGAUCGUUCAGCUCUUCGAGAAGGAGAUCAUCGAGGAGCUUGGUAUCGUACCGAGGCAGGCGUGGACUGUCAGAGAUUAUGUUCGUCGUCAGCCGUGGGGGAAGUUCAAAGGGAUACAACGAUGUGCAGUGAUGGACUGUGCAGUGUACGAGCUGCUGAGGACCAACCAGCCGGAGGCGGCCACCGCCCAACUUGUGCAGAACUUAAAGGCAAAGGUUCAGAGCGUGUUGGCAGGCGGGGACUGGCAAGCAUCAUGGUUGUUGACCGGAUUGCCAGACCCAUUGGCAAGAAAAGAAUUCGCCGGAUCGAAGGAGGAGAUGGCCAUCAUCAGCGGGUACAUGGAAGCUCUUGCGGGCCUCAAGAAGAAGAUCAAGGACGUCCAAGGUUCUCUCCCCGAACUGUCGGGGAAUCAUGUUUCGCUUUUUCCUGCUGUGCUACCCUACCCGGAGAUUCUCCAGACAGAUGAGUUAGAGGGGGCUGAUGCAUCAUUGUGUUGGUGGGCUAAAUGCUUCAUGAAUGUUCUUGUGGCGUGGUCCAAUUACAUGGUGCUUGGCUGUCCUCGCCCGGGUGAUGGCGCAACAGAGCUGCGGGUGACUUACCGUGGGCUGUCUGAUGUGAGGCAGUUUGCAGAUCGGUUGCUUGGCGAGGUGACGGAAUUUGCUAGUUGGGAUCUCAUUUGCGGCGAGUUUUCUUGCGAAGGUAAGAGGGCUAUCAUAGAGUCGCUCUUGAAAGAUUUCCCGAGCACUGGUGCAUGCUACAGCUUCGUUCCGUUCGAGGCGGGAGGCCAUUCUCCUUCCACCGCGUUGGCCGUGGUGGCUGAGAGGCUGGCGAUUCCUGAGAAGGCGGGCCAGGUUGACCCUCUUGAUUGGCUACCCCCCGAUCGUGCCGAGGUGGUCAAACAUUUGGCGGAUGUACGGCUUCCCGAGGAGUUGUGGGAUGAGGUUCCCGUCGCAUGCCAUCGUGUACCUCCUGACCAGGAAAAACAUGUGGCUCGGCGGCUUCUCGAGACAGGCAUGGCUGUUCCUAUUCCAGAAAGUGAUCUUCCUAGAACCAAUGCUGGUAGACUUUUGGUAGGUGGCCUUUUUGCUGUGGAGAAGAGUGAUCAUCAGGACAGGCUCAUAUUCGACCGCAGACCUGAAAACAGUACGAUGCGCAGGCUACGAUGGGCGGACCUCCCGAGUGGCACGUGCUUUACGCGCCUGCUCCUCAAGCCCUCAGAGUAUCUCCGUGCGAGUGGUGAUGAUUUGAGAAACUUCUAUUACACUCUUCGUCUUCCUGAUGAUUGGGUUCCCUAUAACUCCUUAGGCCGACGUGUGGACCCUGAGCUCCUGAAAGAGUACGGCAAGGAUCCUAGUGUACCGCAUCGUCUGUGCUUCAAGGUGUUGGGGAUGGGGGACAUCAACGGGUGCGACAUAGCUCAGGCCACCCACGAGGCGAUCCUCGAAGGGGAGGGCGUGUUUGAAGCUCAGUGUGUGCUCGCAUACAACAAGGCGGUUCCCGAUGACGCGCUGUGGCAAGGUGCCUACUUGGAUGACUUGCUCAUCGCUCUUCGGAUUGACGUCGGGGCCCCAAUACCACUUGAUGGCAGCUUCACUCCUUUGCCCCCGAGUCCGAGUGAUCGAGAUGUUCAAAAGGUGGCAGCGGCAGAGGUCGCGUAUGAGAAGGCGAAUUUAGAGCGCGCGUUGCCUAAAGCUUUUCGUUAUGAGACUGAGUUUAAGGCCUGGGGCGCUGCUGUAGAUGGUGUUCGAGGGAUUGUGGGGGCCCCAUUGGGCGUUCGUCGGCAAGUGUGGAGCUUACUGUAUGCGAUCGUGACCGUUGGAUGGGCCUCCCAGGAAGUGCUGCGGAAAGUCAUCGGGUACUUAGCAUAUAUUUUCCAGUACAGGCGGGAACUCUAUUGCCUACAGCAUCGUGCUUAUGUUUUCAUUGCAAACAUGCCGCAGGAUCGGUGGAUGUUCUUGCCAGCGUGGCUCUUGGAUGAGUUGCGGAGCAUGGCUUUGCACCUCCCCUUUGCCCACUGGAAGAUGAGGCGAAUCCUGAACGACUCGAUCCUCGCAACGGACGCCACUCCUACCUCAGGUGGCUCAGUUCGUGCGGAGUGUCCCGACGGACUUUUGCGCGCUCUGUGGAAGCAGGUUGAGUUCCGUGGUGCACCCGUCAGGUUGGACCGUGAUGUUGAUUUGGGCUUUGAGGCGGAGCAGCCCUUAGAGCUCUCGAGGGUGGCGAGUGUUGCAUCGGAGUGUCUUCAUUGGGCAGUCACAUCCAGCUAUUCUUUCAGGAACACGAGCCACAUAAAUCUCCAAGAGGCCCGCGCCCUACGCAGAGAAAUCAUCCGGCUCACCAGUGACUUUGAUCGCGGGGGAGUGGUGCAGAUUUGCCUGAACGACUCCCGCGUUGUGGUUGGGGCUGUGGCCAAGGGUCGCUCCAGCGCUUUCCGGCUCAAUGGAGUGCUUCGCACUCAGUUGCCAUUCUUGGUCUUUGGGGACGUGGCGCUAGCUUUGAUCUGGGUGGAAACCCUUUGCAAUCGAGCGGAUUAUCCUUCUCGUUUUCUCCCUUUACCUGCUCCUUACCGUCCGCCGAGGUGGUUGAUUCGACUUGGAGUCGCUGAGCGUUUCCAGGUUCGGGGCUUGGAGAUCACCACGGGGAAGGGAGAGAUCACCUGGGCUCAUCAAAGGGUUGGUUUGGAGAUGGAGGCGCCGAUCAACAUCAUGAAGUCAACAGCCCUCUAUGAUGGGAGCAUUGAACGUGUGCUUGAUGAAGGGCUUGUAGACUGGGUUUGGUUUGCACCGGAUUGCUUUCUAGGCACUGGUGCCGCCCAUGAAUCGUUGUGGGUGCGGAUCCUGCAGCUUGCCGACCAAAUCAGAUCCACUGGAGGCUAUUUCUUCGUCGAGCUUCCUCGUGGGAGCCCAGCCUGGAGCUUACGGGUUUCAUCAAGGAGUGGUUACCCCAAGAACUUCGUUGACUCUCUUGCGAGUGCCCUGAAGCUGUGGUUGGAUGCCCCCGCGGGUGCCUGGAUCAUUGGCGUUGUGGCAUCCUUAGGGGGAAAAAUCACUGCAAAGUCGAACUCUCGUGAUAUUGAUCGGUGGUUGGAGCGAGCCGUGGAUUGGGGACACAAGAAUGAUGAGAAGCUUUACUGGGUCAGGUUGGGAGUGCUGGGGGUACAGCGUGCAUUGAAACUAUCCGGACCUUUACUCCGGGGUACUUGGGCCGCUCUCCGGGCUUGGCGCCAGUUGCAACCUGUUCGCUCCCGAGUUCCUAUGUCCCACUUCGUGCUCGAAUGCCUCUUGGUGACAUGUCUUGGAAGAGGGCACUCGUGUUCAGGAGCGGCUCGUUUCGAGUGGUGGUCGGUCAUGUUGGCAAUCUGGCUUAGCUUUGAGGCCCUGCUGCGACCUAGCGAAACAGAGGCCCUCAUGAUCGGUGAUUUGUGCUUCCCUGAGAAUUCCGAACUCGCGGAGGGCGUUCCCGUGGUCCGUGUGCGCGAGCUCGUGCAGUGCGGGAGAGCCCACGAGCAAGCCGUCCUCAACUUCCGUGCCGGAACUGGCAACAGCCUCGCAACAGUCUACCACGGUGACCUCGACCUGGGGGCGCAAGUCACGACACUACGUGAUCCUCUUUGCGCCUCACGACCGGACGAUCGAGGGGCAUUGGUUUGGACAAUGGAUCUUGCUGGAGAAGCUCCUGCCCGACGGAAAGUUCUGCGGCUCUCGCGUACAGUUGAAGAAGGUCACGUCCCACGAAGCAGCCGAGGCAGAGUGGAAGAAAGUUUGGUCGGGCAAGCCGAUGCCCUCCCGAACCCUGAAGUGACCAGCGCGGCAGCCAACAAGCUUCUGGCCGCGGUUCAAGCUGCAGCCGGUGAGUUGGGCGAAGCGCCAGUGACAGGAAACUUGAGCUCGGCGCAAGUUUUGCAGGACGAGUCUACGCGGCUCUCUGCCUCGCCGUUGGCGAGCAGGUGA